GACUCCAUGAGGAAGCAAGAGGUGCGGACAGGUGGGGAGGCCGGCCAGGGACACAGCACUGGCUCCCCAGCUGAGCAGGUGAAAGCUCUCGUGGACCUGCUGGCUGGGAAGGGCAGUCAGGGCUCCCAGGCCCUACAAGCUCCUGACAGGACACCGGACUCCCUGCCAGAGUCCCACAGCAAUGACUCGAGGAUACAGAGGCACCGCGAGGCUCUGCUGAGUAGGGUGGGAGGGGGCCCGGAGCUGGGCAGCCCCUUGCACAGGCUGGCCACCCUCCUGCUGGUGGAGGGCCUGACAGACCUGCAGCUGAGGGAGCACGACUUCACGCAGGUGGAGGCCACCCGUGGGGGCUGGCUCCCUGCCAGGAUCAUCACCCUGGACAGGCUCUUCUUGCCUCUCUCCCGAGUGUCCAUCCCGCCCCGCAUCUCCAUCACCGUCGGGGUGGCCGGCAUGGGCAAAACCACCCUGGUAAGGCACUUCGUCCGCCUCUGGGCCCGAGGGCAGAUUGGCAAGGACUUCUCGCUGGUGUUGCCUUUGACCUUCCGGGAUCUCAACAGCCAUGAGAAACUGUGUGCCGACAGACUCAUCCGCUCUGUCUUCCCACAUGUCGGGGAGCCCAGCCUGGCAGUGGUAGCCCCAGCCAGGGUCCUCCUGAUUCUGGAUGGCUUGGACGAGUGCAAGAUGCCUCUGGACUUCUCCAACACCGUGGCCUGCACAGACCCCAAGAAGGAGAUCCAGGUAGACCACUUGAUCACCAACAUCAUCCGUGGCAACCUCUUUCCGGAAGUUUCUGUGUGGAUCACUUCCCGUCCCAGCGCAGCUGGCCAGAUCCCAGGGGGUCUGGUAGACCGAAUGACUGAGAUCCGGGGUUUUAACCAGGAGGAGAUCAAGGUGUGUUUGGAACAGAUGUUCCCCGAGGACCAGGCCCUCUUGGGCUGGGUCCUGAGCCAGGUGCAGGCUGACAGGGCCCUGUAUCUGAUGUGCACCAUCCCAGCCUUCUGCAGGCUCACAGGGUUGGCGCUGGGCCACUUGGGCCGCAGCAGGUCAAGACUCCAGGAUGCAGAGCUGUGGCCACCAAGGACCCUGUGUGAGCUCUACUCUUGGUACUUCAGGAUGGCUCUCGGUGGGGAGGGACAGGAGAGGGGCAAGGUGAGCCCUCGCAUUGAGCAGGUGGCCCAUGGCGGCCGCAAGAUGGUGGGGACACUGGGCCGACUGGCCUUCCAUGGACUGGUCAAGAAGAAGUAUGUGUUUUACGAGCAAGACAUGAAGGCAUUUGGCGUGGAUCUUGCUCUGCUUCAGGGCACCCUGUGCAGCUGCUUCUUGCAGCGGGAGGAGACACUGUCCUCCUCGGUGGCCUACUGCUUCUCCCACCUUUCCCUACAGGAGUUUGUGGCAGCCGCGUAUUACUACAGCGCAUCCAAGAGGGCAUUCUUUGACCUCUUCACCGAGAGUGGCAUGUCCUGGCCCAGGCUGGGCUUCCUCACACAUUUCAGGAGCGCAGCCCAGCGGGCCAUGCAGGCCGAGGAUGGGAGACUGGACGUGUUCCUGCGCUUCCUCUCGGGCCUCUUGUCUCCAAGGGUCAACGCCCUGCUGGCUGGCUCCCUGCUGGCCCAAGGCGAGCACCAGGGCUACCGGCCCUACGUGGCUGAGCUCCUGCAGGGUUGCCUGCGCCCCGACACCGUGGUCUGUGCCCGGGCCAUCAACGUCCUGCACUGCUUGCAUGAGCUGCAGCACACGGAGCUGGCCCACAGUGUGCAGGAGGCCAUGGCGAGUGGGACCCUGGCUGGACUGACUGGCCCCUCACACUGCGCAGCCCUGGCCUACCUCCUGCAGGUGUCUGACGCCUGCGCCCAGGACGCCAAUCUGUCCCUGUGCCUCAGCCAGGGCGUCCUCCAGAGCCUGCUGCCCCAGCUGUUCUACUGCCGGAGCCUUAGGCUGGACACCAAUCAGUUCCAGGACCCGGUGAUGGAGCUACUGGGCAGUGUGCUGAGUGGGAAGGACUGUCGCAUUCAGAAGAUCAGCUUGGCUGAGAACCAGAUCAGUAACAAAGGGGCCAAAGCUCUGGCCAGAUCCCUCCUGGUCAACAGAAGCCUCAGCACUCUGGACCUCCGUAGUAACUCCAUUGGACCACAAGGUGCCAAGGCACUGGCAGACGCUCUGAAGAUUAACCGCACUCUGACCUCUCUGAGCCUCCAGGGCAACACGAUCAGGGAUGACGGUGCCAGGUCUAUGGCUGAGGCGUUGGCCUCCAACCGGACCCUCUCCAUCCUGCACCUACAGAAGAACACCAUCGGGUCCAUGGGAGCCCAGUGGAUGGCAGAUGCCCUGAAGCAGAACCGGAGUCUGAAGGAGCUCAUGCUCUCUAGUAACAGCUUUGGUGACAGAGGCGCCAAGGCCCUGGCAGAGGCCCUGAAGGUGAACCAAGGCCUGGAGAGUCUGGACUUGCAAAGUAAUUCCAUCAGUGACGCAGGAGUGGCAGCACUGAUGGGGGCCCUCUGCGCCAACCAGACCAUCUUCAGCCUCAACCUUCGAGAAAACUCCAUCAGUCCCGAGGGAGCCCAGGCUGUCGCUCAUGCUCUCUGCACCAACAGCACCCUGAAGAACUUGGACCUGACAGCCAACCUCCUCCACGACCAGGGUGCCCAGGCCAUCGCACUGGCGAUGAGAGAAAACUGUGCCCUCAUGUCCCUUCACCUGCAGUGGAACUUCAUCCAGGCCGGUGCUGCCAAGGCCCUGGGACAAGCACUACAGCUCAAUAGGAGCCUGACCUGCUUAGAUCUACAGGAGAAUGCCAUCGGGGAUGAGGGGGCAUCUGCGGUAGCCAGUGCACUGAAGGCCAACACAGCCCUCACUGCUCUCUACCUCCAGGUGGCCUCCAUUGGUGUCCCAGGGGCGCAGGCGCUCGGGGAGGCCCUGGCUGUGAACAGAACCUUGGAAAUUCUCGACUUAAGAGGAAAUGCCAUUGGGGUGGCCGGAGCCAAAGCCCUGGCCAAUGCUUUGAAGGUAAACUCAAGUCUCCGAAGACUCAAUCUUCAAGAGAAUUCCUUGGGGAUGGAUGGGGUGAUAUGCGUUGCCACAGCACUUUCUGGAAACCACAGGCUCCAGCACAUCAAUCUCCAGGGAAAUCAUAUUGGGGAAUCCGGUGCCAGGAUGAUCUCAGAGGCUAUCAAGACAAACGCUCCCAUGUGCACUGUUGAAAUGUGA